AUGUCUGUGUACCUGUUCGAGUCGGACGGUGUUGAUCAUUCGGAUCUGACAGAAGAAAACUUUCAGGGUGACGAAUUGGUGCAAUUUGAAGAAACUACAAGCCAAAAGAACACCAAAAAAGACGAGAACGAAGACGAUGGGAAAACUGUAAGAACUGCAAACUUCAUUCUAGACCAUUCAACCUUUGUCCGUGGGAUAGGAAACAUCAAGAGAUGGUUUAACGAAGACUUUGUUCGUACCACUAUGGCUGCACUGGACGAAAGAAUUCAGUUAAACAUUUUCAUUCCUUCCUAUACUUUGCAUGAGUUUGAUUUUGUCAAGAGAGGCACUUCUAUGGCUGCCAUAAAUGCCCGUGAGGCUAUUCGUAUCAUUGACAGGUUCUUUGAGAAUGAGAUCGAGCAAAGUGCCGAUUGUCCACUAAGGUACGACUUGUACAUUCAGAACCAGAACGAAGAUGGUCCUAAUUGGAGCGAAUGCCAGAGAUACAAAGUGCAUGCCCCACUUAUCAAGGAGUUUCCAAACUUCAAGACCAAGUUUGAUUCGUAUCUCAUUGGCUCUGGAUCUGCCAACUCUUCAAACGACCACGAUCACGAGUUCAACAAUUUGGCAGAUGAUUUCAACUCUACAAUGUCGUUUAGUCAUAGCCACAACGAGAAUAUCAAUGACAUUCAGUACGAAAACUCUCCUUCGUACCAGAACGCCCUUGCUAACUCAGACAAUCGUGCCGUGAUGCCUACGAGACUCAGGUUCUUGAUCAGAACUUGUAUCUAUAAGAUGUACGUAGAGAGAAAUAAGUUCUCCAGCCCAGAAGAGCAUUGGAAAUUGGUGACAGAAGACCCCAUAACCAAGAUCUGGGCCCGCAGUUUCGGCAUCGACUGUAUGAACGUCAACGAGGCCGAGUUGUUGAUGUUCCAAAAGUACGACGUCAGCCUGUUGCGCUUAUACAAUCCCCAUAAUCACUUUGGUAUCAAUGAAGUGUACAAUCCUGCCAGUGACAUUUUGCAGAACACAGUAGAUACUACUGUUUACACGUAUUCUUCGCUCAAGGACCAUGUACCUACCAGCCACAGAGGAAGGGGAAGAGGUGGACGUAAAGAAGGAAGAAACCCUAAGAGGAAUGCUGUUCGGGGAGUUGUAGCUGUUGAGAGAACAGGAAGCCAUGGCGAAUAUGUCAAGAAAGAGAGAUUCGAUGCUAUCAAUUUUGCACCAAGAGGACAUGGAGAGUUAUGGAAACCAUAA